AGUUCUAAAGCUUCCGGGAAAAUUUCCUCUUUGACUACAAAUCACUCUUUGCUUUUUGUCCAAAUCCAAAAAGAAAAAAGUCCAAAAAAGAUUAAAAAAAAAAAAGUAAAAAACCCUUGUCUACUUGUACCCUAAGAUCUGCUUUCCUAUUUUAUGUCAUGUGAAAUUAAGUUCCUUGUUUUCAAGUUCGCUCUGUUUUUAGCUUUCUUGAUAAGAAAGUUUUCUUUUCUUUUUUGCCUAUUUAGUGAAAAAAAAAAUCUUUUUCUUAUCAAGAGAGAUGACAGCUAUUGCGACGGCUGAUUCUUGUUUUGGCGACGAUCAAGUGUGGCCACCGGGGUUUCGUUUUCACCCAACUGAUGAAGAGCUGGUUCUUUAUUAUUUAAAGAGGAAGAUCUGUAGAAGAAAGCUCAAGCUUGAUAUCAUAAGGGAAACUGAUGUUUACAAGUGUGACCCUGAGGAGUUGCCUGCACAAUCAAUACUGAAGACUGGGGAUAGACAGUGGUUCUUUUUCACUCCAAGAGACAGGAAAUACCCUAAUGGAGCAAGGUCAAACAGGGCAACCAGACUUGGGUAUUGGAAGGCUACAGGAAAGGAUCGUACUGUUACCUGUAAUUCUUGGACAGUUGGACUCAAGAAAACUUUAGUUUUCUACAGAGGGCGAGCACCUAAUGGUGAGCGAACUGAUUGGGUAAUGCAUGAGUAUACCCUUGAUGAAGAGGAACUCAAGAGAUGCCAGAAUGCAAAGGACUAUUAUGCUCUCUAUAAAGUUUACAAGAAAAGUGGACCCGGUCCUAAAAAUGGAGAGCAGUAUGGGGCAACAUUUAAAGAAGAAGAAUGGGCUGAGGAGGAAUAUGCUCGUAACCCUGUAGAUACAAUCACCCCUUUGAAGUCACCUAAUGAGGCCAUUCCUGAUGAUAAUGUUAAAGCUAAUGAUCAAGUUCAGUUUCCAUUGAAUGAUAUUGAGGAGUUUAUGAGACAAUUAGCUGAUGGGCCUGCACUUUCACUGUCACAAGCUCAUCUUGGAUAUGUAUUGCCUCAGGUUGUCGGUGAAGAAGAGACACAAAGUACUUUGCUGGACCCAUCUUCGAGGGAUGUUCUCUUUCCUGAGCCACUUUUGGUACUUCCUGACCAAGUGAGCUUUGAAUUCUCCCAGCCACCCAGUUCUGAAUUGCAGUUGCAUGAGGCACCCGAGGUCACAUCUGUUGCUAACAUAUUUGAACAGUUACCUCAAAUAUGCGAGAAUUUCCUGGAAAUUGAUGAUCUCACUAGUCCUGAACCUUUGACCUCAAAUGUUGAGAAACCUGCGGAGAACGGGCAACAGUUCAAUAUUUUGGAUGGACUGAGUGAAUUUGACCUGUACCAUGAUUCAGCCAUGUUUCUAAAGGACAUUGGGCCUAUUGAUCAAGAAACAGUUACAUUCUCGGAUGCUGAUAAUAUGAUAAAUCAGGUAAGUUACCAGUUGGAAUCCCAAUCAAAUAUAAGCCUGAUGGAUCAGCAGUUGCAUAAUAUAAACCUCAUGGAUUGGCAAUUGCAACACCAAUCAAAUGUAAAUCUGAUGGAUCAGCAGUUGCAGCCCGAAUUGAAUACCUUUGGGGAUAAUCAGCAGUUGCAGCCCCAAUUGAAUACCUUUGGGGAUAAUCAGCAGUUGCAGCCUCAACUGAAUGCCUAUGGGGAAACUGAGCAGUUGCAGCCUCAAUUGAAUAUCAUUGGUGAUACUCAGCAGUUGCAGCCUCAAUUGAAUGCCUUCGGGGAUAAUAUGUUAAAUCAGGGGGUUUAUCAAUCUCAUUUGUGUUCAAAUAACCUGAUGGAUCAGCAGUUGAUACCCCAUUCAACUGUGGAGCAGGUGGAUUACCAGUUGCAGUUCCAGUCUGUUGGAAAUGAGCUGGACCAACAUAUACAAUUGGAUCAGAUCAAUGGCUCAAUUUGCACACAUGAUCAGAGUGGUGAUGUCUUCAAUCCAUCAGGAUCAAAUCUCGGAAAUGCCUCUCCAACUUCAGGUUUUACACACAAUAGUAUAAAUCAAGACCAAGGUGACAAAAAUGGUGGUGGUGCAAGCCGAUUUUCGUCUGCUCUGUGGUCGUUUGUGGAGUCAAUACCUACGACUCCUGCUCGUGCAUCUGAGAGUCCCUCAGUAAAUCGGGCUUUCAAGCGAAUGUCUAGCUUCAGUAGGUUGAGACUAAAUGCUGGAAUCACUGAUGCAUCUGCAAUCGAUGAUGGUUCUGCAACUGCUAGGAGGACAGAUGGAAAUAGGGGAUUCUUUUUGAUUUCUAUUUUAGGUGCAUUAUGUGCUAUCAUAUUGUUCUUGAUAGGAACCGUAAGGCCCCAAGGGAGAUCUUCUAUCUCCUCGUGAAAACAGGGAAUUUGCAGCAAUAUUUGAAACUAGUAUUUGUUAACAUGUAAAUAAAUAGAGAUAGCUUUUUUUUUCUUGAGAUUA